AGCGUGCUCGGACACACAUCGGCCCUGGAUGGACCCUGUCCCCUCCCCUCCCGUUGUCCAGGGCUGUCCACCUGGCUCUUCAGGCUUCAGCCCCCUCCUUAGCCUGGGCUCUUUGUGGCACUGAGGGACCUUCUGUCCCAGUCCAGUGCUAUCAUGACAAAGGAUUACCAAGAUUUCCAGCACCUGGACAAUGAUAAUGACCAUCGUCAACUCCGGAGAGGGCCGCCUCCCACUCCACGGCUUUUGCAGCGACUCUGCUCUGGAUUCCGCCUCUUCCUGCUCUCCUUGAGCCUCAGCAUCCUGUUGCUGGUGGUUGUCUGUGUGAUCACAUCCCAAAAUUCCCAACUCCGGGAAGAUCUGCUGGCUCUAAGGCAGAACUUCAGCAACUUCACUGUGAGCACUGAGGGCCAGGUCAAGGCUCUGAGCAUCCAGGGAAGUAGUGUGGGAAGAAAGAUGAAGACUGUGGAGUCAGAGCUGGAAAAACAACAGAAGGAUCUGAGUGAAGAUCACUCCGAAUUGCUACUGCAAGUGAAGCAGUUAGUGUCUGAUGUGCGGAGCUUGAGCUGCCAGAUGGCCGCACUUCAGGGCAAUGGUUCUGAAAGGACCUGCUGCCCCAUCAAUUGGGUGGAGUAUGAAGGUAGCUGCUACUGGUUCUCCAGCUCUGCGAGGUCUUGGACAGAAGCUGACAAGUACUGCCAGUUGGAGAAUGCCCACCUGGUGGUGGUCAACUCCCAGGAUGAGCAGAAAUUUGUCCAGCAGCACAUGGGCCCCUUAAACACUUGGAUUGGCCUAACUGACCAGAACGGGCCCUGGAGAUGGGUGGAUGAGACAGACUACGAGAAAGGCUUCCAGAACUGGAGACCACAUCAGCCAGAUGACUGGUCCGGACAUGGGCUUGGAGGGGGCGAGGACUGCGCCCACAUCACGCAUGAUGGUCGCUGGAAUGACGACGUCUGCAGGAGGCCCUACCGCUGGGUCUGUGAGACAGAGUUGGGCAAGGCCAAUUAGGAUCUUCCCUUUCUCUCACUGAUUUCCUUAAUGCCUUGAGCUGCUGAGGCUUAGAAUUGGGAGAUCCUACCUAAGGGUCUCCCCAUCUUUGGGAACUUUCAUGGAGGAUUUUAAGGAACCGGUAAAGAGCAGUGUUUGAGGAAUGGCGCGUGAUGCCUGCUGGUGGUAGGGGUGCUUAUUGAAAUCCAUGAUGCUUUGUGCAGUGUGCAGCUCACUACGGGUCAGCUUGAUUUUUAGAGUAAAAAGAAGAGAAAUAAA